AAAGAUCCGCCCGUAGAAUGGUAGUCUGUGUUUAUAUCUCUUAGUGAUCGAAACGCGCUUAUAAAACAUUAGUAAUAAUCAUGUUUUGGCCUACAUUUGUAUUUCUUGUCACGCUUGCGGUACAUCAGGUUGCGUCAGCACCUACCGACAAGAGACCUGGGUUAGACGGAACCUACAAACGCCUGUACCUGCCCUACAUUCAAUCAGUGACUAAGGAUGGCACCAAAACAAUUCUCACGCCCCAAGACUUACUCGAGUUAAGCCGAAAGCUAAACGCUCAUGUAGAGCCGGCAACAACUACCUAUCAACUCGUUGGCAUCAACGGGUUCCCUUACACACUGUCCGACCAUCAACUACGGCGGAUGGUGGACCAUGAAAUCGCGGCCAUCGUCACCCCGCAAAAUUUCAACCAGCCAGGAUUUGGACAUGUGUUCCUCACCGUAGACAAGAACGGCGUUGUGCAGAGUUUUAUCUACAAUAUAAGCCUGGAAGAUGCGUUGGAAAAGGUCAACCUAGAAGGGUAUCCUAACUCAUCUUCCGGUGAUUCUUAUCAUCAGAAUAAACCUACAACUGCCGUUCCCGUUCCCAUUGAAAUUGAAAUUUAACGAUCUUUUAUUUUUAACUAUUAUUAUAAUUUAACUAUUACAAU